UGUACCAGGAAGUGAAGUGACGUUAUUACACUCGAAAAGUGACCCAUCAUCCAAAUAAAAGGAGGACUCCUCAGAUGCAGUUCUUUUGAUGGAGGAGUUGGAGCUGGGUGGUUCAGCAGCGGAGUGACCAUGGACACCCUCUCCAGCCACAGCUCCUACCUGCUGCAGCAGCUCCAGGAGCAGAGGAUUCAGGGGCUGCUCUGUGACUGCACGCUGGUGGUCAAAGGUGUCUGCUUCAAAGCCCACAAAAAUGUCCUGGCUGCUUUCAGCUCCCAUUUCAGGUCUUUGUUCCAAAAUUCCCCCAGUCAGAAGAAUGAGGUGUUCAACUUGGUCAUCCAGGAUGUCGGUGGCAUCGGCCAAAUAUUGGACUACAUGUACACCUCCCAUAUUGACAUCAACCAAGAUAAUGUUCAAGCACUCGUGGACAUUGCUCAGUAUUUGCAGGUUCCAAAUAUUCAGAGCAUGUGUAAUGCUUUCCUCAAGCCUUGUCCUCCACCAGUGGAAAUCCCAUCAUUUUCUCUUCCAGGCAUGCUGAGCUCUGAGCACGACUGCCUCUUGGGGAGCAGUCUUCCUCAUGAUGUUGACAUCCACUGUGCCUCUGAAACCCAGAGGCCCGGAUUCAGCAGUGACGUAGACCCCAGUAAAAGGAUGCCUGUUUCUGUGCCUAACAGCAGCUCAAACUGCGACACAGCUAGCAGCACCCAGGCACCAGUUGAAAAACAGCUUGUCCAUGGCUACAAGCUCCGUAACUUCUACAGCAAGCACUACUUCAAACAAAGUGCAAUUCAGACAAAUAGUGCAGCGUCAAAUCAAGGCCCGGGUCCGUUGGUGCUGGGGGAGGAGCAGCAGUGUCAGCUCGGGGUCAGCCAGGGAGGCAGCCACACUCCUGUAUGCACAGCAAACACGGUUCAGCCCACUCCUCCCUGCACAUCUGUGGCAGUGGAAAAGAACCCUGUCCCUUCUUUAACACCCUCCGAUAAUUUAAACACCCCCAACUCUAACUCAGCAGACUCUAUGCUCAACAAGCACGUGCGCCCAAAGAAAGCUGUGUACCUGAAGAAAUACAACUAUCUCCGGUCUCAGAAGGCUUUGGAGGAGAUGUUUGCUGAAUCAGUCAGUGAACCCGUCCUCAGCUGUCAGAAAAAGAGUCACCAAGAAGAGUCUGUGGUCCAGACUGAAGCUACAGAAGCUCCUGUGGAGGGCCUUAACGCAGCCAGGGAGGAAGUUACAGAGACGGCAACGGACGCACCACUUCCCAGUCCUCAACCCGUUAACCAAGAAGAGCAAAAUCUGAAGACCGUGCCAGAGCCACCGCAGCAGACAGGACACAAGCAGUAUUGUUGUGAGGUGUGUGGGAAGAUCUUCAAGCACCCGAGCAACCUGGAGCUGCACAAGCGCUCACAUACCGGUGAGAAGCCCUUUCAGUGUAAUGUUUGUGGGAGAAACUUCUCACAGGCUGGAAAUUUACAGACACAUUUGCGGCGACAUUCUGGAGAGAAACCGUACAUCUGUGAGUUGUGUGGUAAAAGUUUUACUGCAUCAGGGGAUGUCCAUCGUCACAAAGUGGUCCACACAGGAGAGAAGCCACAUCUGUGUGAUAUAUGUGGUCGAGGAUUUAACAACUUGAGCAAUCUCAAGGAGCACAAGAGGACUCACGCCACAGACAAGACAUUCACUUGUGACCAGUGUGGAAAAUCCUUUAACACGCACAGAAAACUUCUGAAGCACAAGGCCCGCCACGUUGGGGAAAAACCACACAGCUGUGCCACCUGCGGGAAGUGCUUCAUUGGCUCAGGGGACCUGCAGCGUCACAUACGGUCACACACUGGGGAGAAACCCUACAUCUGUAACGCCUGUGGAAAGAGCUUUACCCGCUCUGCCAUGUUGAGGAGACACAGCAACAUGCACUGCAAGGGGGCUCCAGCCAACAGCCCGGUCACGGACAACUCUGACCCGCCUCGUAGCUCGGUUGGAGCGACCUCAUUCCCCAAACCCGUCAGCCACAGUAAACCUCCCGCCACAACCAGUGAGCAGCAUUUCCCUAGCAUGAUGCCCCAUACAGGGUUAGAGAAACCCUCACCACCUUCUACUUCACCAACACAACAUAUAGAGACUCCACCUCCCAGCAUGCACCUCAGCCCAGCUUCUACCCCCACCCCACUUCCAGAGCUGCGCUCGCUGGUACCCCAUCACCUCCUCUCCUCCAGCCACCAGGAAAGAAGUGGUGACCACGUGAAGCUGGUCAAACCCCACUUGUCUCAGGAGGCUGUGUAUGGUCCGUAUGUGGAGAAUGGGAACAUGUCAGUGGAGAUGGGCAGAAGUGUGAUGGGGAGGCCCUACCUGCCUCCCUCAGACAAUCACUGCAGUUCACUUACUUCCUCUAGCAGGCCCAAUAGUGGGCCUUACAGGUCCAGUGAGGGCCAGUUUAUCUCUAGUGUGACUCUUUGGGGUCUGGCUAUGAAAACUCUGCAGAAUGAUAACGAAAUGGAGCAGUAAAAAUGUUGCAUCGUCUUCAGAUAAGCACAGCAUAGCUAGCUCAGAGCACUUUUCACUUAUGUUUAUUUAGUUCAUUUUGAUUUUGACCACCUGACUGAGUUAAAACUGACUUGUCACACAAAUAUGGUAGCUCCUGCGAUGAAGCAAACAUCAGAUGAAAGUGCAUCCUAGUUUUUCUGAAAUGAAAGGAAUCAGGAAUGUACUUUUGCUUUUCCAGUCCAAGGGUGAUGCUUUUCUGGUAUGUUUGUAUACACUGCACUGCACUUUAAAAUGUAAACACGCAGACCUAUUUUCAACUACCAGUAUCAAAUUAAGGUAGUAUAUAUUCAUAUAAGAAUAAAAAAUGUACAUCCUA